UUGACGCUAACCAACACUAGUGAAACCAUAUAGCCCAAAACAAACCAACUAAAUAUAAGAUUUCUUCAAUUAAAUAUUCAAAGAAAAAAGUUGCAGUUUGGCGCUACAAAUAAGGAACCGCCGAGUUUAACAAUUUAAUUGUCUGCAAAAGAAGGAGCAUCAAAAUACAGAGCUAAGAUAUGAAUUUCCUGCGGCAAGCCUUAGGCACCAUUACGAAACAGCUGACAACUAUAACGCCGACCCCAAGCCAACAAUAUGUUUUCGGCAGCCCUAUGAUGACAAUGAUGUCGACUGUGUGUCAGCGGAGCAUGGCUUCUCUGCAGCAAAUGCAUCGCAGCGGUCCUCACAUCAAGAAACGUCCACCCCGUCAACCUCUGGAUGGUAAACCCUUUGCCAAGGGCGUCGUCCUUAAGACUCUAAUCAAAAAGCCAAAGAAACCGAACUCGGCAAAUCGUAAAUGCGUCCUUGUUCGUCUAUCCACGGGCAAAGAGAUGGUGGCCUACAUACCAGGCAUUGGUCACAAUCUGCAGGAGCACAACAUUGUCCUGUGUCGUGUGGGCCGAUUACAGGAUGUUCCCGGUGUCAAGCUGAAGGCAGUGCGCGGUGUUUACGAUUUGGCGCAUGUUAUCAAGAAGACGAAUUGAUUGUUACAACCGUUUUGAUUGUAUUGUAUAAAAAAUUUUGCCAACUCA